AGGGGGAGGGGGAGACGUGUGCGAGGGAAAGGGUGACUGGCGGACCCGGCUGUGGCGAUCCGAAGUCGCGGAUUCGGCACGCCGCGGUUUACCGAACGCGUAAUAUGGCGUACAAGUUUCGCGAGGAGAUCGUGGGAAAGAGGUUUCUCUCGGUGAGUGGUUUCACCAAGCUGAAGGUGAAUAAGAUUAGUGAGUGGGGUUGGCGUGCGGGGGUGAUACGUGCUGCCAGUCACAGGGAUAACGGCUGUCAUGACCUCCAGAUCCUCGUAGAGUACGACGACGUCGAGUGGCAAAGGAGGGAGUGGCUGUCACCACACAGGGAUGCCGUAUUCUCCUUCUUUCUCAUUGAACGAGGUCUCUACUGGGCCGAACGACCUGACCCCAGGCACGCCAGUCUCAUCCCCAUCGAUCAUCACAAUCACGCGAACAAUAACCACCAUCAGCACCGCAUUAACGGGAAACCGCUCAGGGGCGCCACGGCGGUCGCCGACACCGUUGCUUGGCCAGCUCUCACCUUCUAUCCUCUCGUGGCACGCGCCGAGUUGCACGAGGACGCCAUGCCGAUCGAGUUUAUGCAAGAUCGCAAAUUGGACUUCGUCGACUACUCGAAGCUGAAGUCAUUCACUCAGGACUGGGAGCUGACUAAGGGCGCGAUGCCCUGGGGAAACGCCGUUAGGAGAUGGGCCGAAAUGCAGGACGGUCAGAGGAUCCUGCUGACUACGCCCAGUGUCCUGGUCGGCUUCAGGGUCGAAGUUUAUCGAGCGGAGGGCACCACACAAUGGUACACAGCCGUGAUCGUCGGUUACAACGAGUCCACCAAGGAUUUGACUGUCACCGACGACACAGUCCUCGAAGAUCACAACGAGGAUCCCACAUUAGUACAAAUGCGGCUGAUUGGCGACGGAGUCGUCGAGAGCAUCAUGAGGGGCGAGGUCGUCGGCAUGACACCAAGGAGGUCGAGGUCAUCGACUGCUCUGACGCACGCGCUCGUUGUGCCACGACCUGGAAGAAGGCCUCGAAGACGACCGGGAAACGCGGCGCAGUUACAGACAACCCCGAGGGUGCAAAGCCCGAUAUCGCAGCAGCUGGAAAAAGGUAAGAAGACGGUCCAUUCUCGUGAUUUUAGCCACGCGAGGCCAAAUCAUCAAAUCGUGAGUGAGAAGAACAAUGCUCGUAACAAUCGACGUCGACGCGUGAGCGAGGGUGCCAGUCGCGAGAGAACCGAAAAGGAAUCGGCGGAAACCGCGUUAUCCACACGACAGCAAGAGGAUCGUGAGAAUAAAGGUCCGCCGUCGGGUAAAGUUAACAAUCGUAUCGCGCGGCCCGUGUUAGAGGAAGCGAACAGUGCGUCGGGAAGUGCUUCAAAGCUACGAAGACGCGGCGCCGCGGUAAAGAGCCCGACCACCGACCACCAGGGUCCGGCACAGAAUCAGAGGCCGGUACGAAGAAGACCGAGGCCAGGAGGCGGUCAAGAAGCGAAGACAGACGCCGAGGGAGAAUCUGUCGAGCAUCAUCGUACCGGCGCGAGAGCCGACAAGGACGAGCGCCUCGGUAACGGAUCGGAAGAAGAGGAGGAGGAAGAGGAAGAGGAGGAAGAGCGUCUCGAGGGAGAGGAUGAAGAGAGUCAGGAACGGUACGAUCCACUGACUAAGCGGCUGAGAACAAGCCCCGUCGGCAGAAAGCUCCGGUCCGAGAGUAGUAAGGGCAAAAACACCGAGGAAGCUACAGCGGAUCGGACUAGAGGAUCGGUGGUGGAAGCGGAGGGAGAGGACGAGGAGGAAGACAACGACGAGGACGACGUCGAGGAGGAAGCGCGGGUAGAAAAGCACGACGGGGCCGAACGAGAGGUCGGCAAACUCGAGGAGGACGAGGAGAGUCAGUCCAGGGAGCGAGACAGAGAACCUGAGCCACCACCUCCAAACAAAGUCGAUCCCGGAGGCGAUCCGGCUUCCAAGGAGGAGCAGCAAACAGAUAACAAAUCAGAAUCGAGAAAGGACGCCCGUACGACCAAUUGUAGCACGGAUAAGGUCGACGAGCGCAAGGAACAACAACAACAACAACAACGACAACAGCAACAGCAGCAGCAACAACAGCCACCGCAGUUACUCGUGAAUGGAUUGCACGUCGACUCGCCGCUGGUCAGCGACAAGACAAAUGCUAUCCGCGAGGGCAGUCCGCCGCUGCUGAAGUCGACUCGAUCAAAGACAAAGGAUUUUGUAGAAGAAGACAGAGAGGACGUAGCGGCGGCGGCGGCGGCGGCAGUAGCAACAGCAGCAGCAGCAGCAGCAGCAACAGAAGACGACCGCGACGAGAACGCCAGUGAAGAGGAGGUGGGCUCGCAGCGGUCGCGACGCACAGAGCUGACCACCACCGAGUUAGGCACGGAGGAUAGCGUGGGUAGCGUCGGCGGUGUGAGGGCGGCCAGCGUCGAAUCGGUCGUCGAGCUGCUGGAGUCGAGCAGUCAGGACUCAGGCUCCGUGCUGGAGAGGCUGAGUCCGUUUAGUAGCAGCGGCGGCGGCGGCCCCGGCAGGCAGAGCAGCCUGCUCCUGGAACAGCAGCGGGAGCAGGAACGCAGUCGGCACAACGAAAGUCCGAUCAUCCUUGCCGAGAGACUGAACAAGCCGCCACCGCCGAUCGCCGGUCACCAUCAUCACCAUCAUCUACAGCCCUACCAUCAGCCGCACCAUCAGCAACAACAGUACCAUCACCAUCAUCAACAGCACCACCAGCAACGUUAUUCCACCAACAGUCCGGUGAUCCAUCACCAUCACCAACAACAACAACAGCAGCCCUCGCAACAUCAUCACUAUCAGCUAGCGAGCAGUCCGCAUCAACAUCAUCAUCAUCCCAGCGCCCGUCUGACCCCGUCGAGCCUCCUCGAGGUGCAACAGCAGUCUCACACAUCGAGGGGCGGCGAUGAGGCCGGCCUCAUGGAAGUGGAGGCCGGGGCCGGUAUACCUGGAACGAGCGUCCUCGCCGGUGUGCCCACGGCAGUCGGCGGUAUACGGUCGUCGGGAGGCAGCAGCGGCGCCGCCGGCGUCGUCGGUACUUACGGCGACAGCGGCUCCGACAGCGGGGUAAGCUCGCUCAAGAGCGCCGGUUCUGGCGACGAGAGAAGCGGCAGCAGGAGCUCGGCGCUCAGCGUCGAGGAGACGACGUCGUCCUCGACACCGUCGGCGUCAGUAGCCGCCGCCGCUGCCAUUGCCGCUGCCGCUACCCCAGCCAGGAUCUGGCACGUGCAGAGCGUGCAACACACGUCCCUACUGAUGGCGCAUCCGCCCCAGGGUGCGCCCAACGCCGGCGCGAGUGCCGCGGCUACGGCGCCGCCGGUUGGAUACCACAACCCGGCACCUCCGAGUCACCACACCGCCGAGAUGCUCUGGAGACCGUCCAGGGCCUACCCACCGCUCUCGCACACUCUCUUGGGUCCACAACCAUCCAGUGCGGAAGAGCUGCUCGAGAGAGAACGCCACGAUAGGAUGUUACGGGAACGUCGUGAAGUGGAAGUACGCGAACUAGAGAAGGCCAAAAUGGAACGGGAGAGACUCGAGAAGCAAAGGGCCACCGAGCAAGCAGUUCAUAAGCACUUCGAGGAGUCGCUCAGGCUGGCGCAACAGAAGGUAUCUUAUGUCCCGCAGAGGAACAUGCAGUCGGCCACGAUGGGAUGGAGCACAUUCAUGCAGGUACCGCCACCGAGGACUCACGGGUCAUUGGCUCAUCCCUCCGCUCACCAUACUCUUCCCAGCGGUCCACCGGGCGGGUCCGCCGCCGCCCCUGCCAUCACGCAUCCCGUCGUCGCGCAGCAGCAACAGCGGGACCGCGAGGAGCGGGAACGGGAGGCGCGGGAACGCGAACGGGAGCGGGAGCGGGACGUCCGCGAGCGGGAGCACCUGGUGGCGGCCGAGAGGCUACACCAACGGCAGGCCGAGGCCAGGGACGCGCAGCAGAGGGCCGCCUACUACGCGGCGACGACGCAAUCGGCUCAACAGAUUCGACCUUUGAACGUGCCCGGGAAAGUCGAGUAUCCGCCACCACCAGCGCACUCGCGGACGUCAAAGUCGUCGCUGCAGGUCGCCGCUCUGCACGAGAAAUCGUCAGUGGUGGGACACAACCCGUCGCACAGCUCGUUACCGAAAGCCGAGCCGAACGUGAACUUGUUCAAUUACUCGUCGACGUAUCAGUCGCAGCCAUCCUGCACGCCGUAUUUGCACGACCUCAAGAUAAAGAACGAGAUGGGGUCGCACAAGUCGCUGUCGAGCAAAAGCGGGCUGGCCGGCGGCCUCGAGAGGGACCAUCACGGCAGAGAGGUGCUGCAGAACCCGCCAUCCCUGAUGCCGGAUCACAAGAGUUCGGUGAUCGUGAAGAACGAGGGGAGGGAGCUGCCGAAAGCACCGACGCCGCAACAGCACUCGUCCAGCCCGAAGAUAAUGCCUUACAUGAACGUCCAAUCGGUGGCGCCGCAGCACAAGUCGUCGGCGUACGAGUACAGAAGCCCGACGCAGAGUCCGCAUCAUCUGCAUCCCGCGCAUCUGGACGGGCUGCAGUCGGCGAAGAGCAUCGCGUCGUCCGCGAGUCAUCAUCGCGGCGGCAGUGGUGGUGGUGGUGGCGGUGGCGGCGGCGGCGUCGUCGGCGUCGGCGUCGGCGUCGGCGUCGGCGUUGGCGUUGUGCCGACGACGACUCAACUACCGAGUCCGCACGGUCAUCCGCCACCGCCGCCGCCGUCGGCGCAGUCCGAGCCGCGGCUGCAUUCGCACAAUUCCCGCCAGUCCCCGCACGCCCCGCCGCAGAAUCCGCACCAGCCGCCGCCACCGCCGCAUCCGUCGCCGCCUGAAUCGCGCUAUCUCAGCAGGUCGGAAUCCACGGGUCUGCCGUACGGCGCGGCCAAGUCCACGUAUCCGUAUCCGCAUCCGCAUCCGCCCACGGCCUCGCCGGUGUCGACGCAUUACGCCACGCCACCGCCGGCCGGCGCCAAGCAGAAAGUCAGCAGCCCGGCGCCGCCGCACUUCUACGGCGAGCCUAACUCCGGCAUCACGGCCGGUCUACCGGUCUGCCGUGCCUCGAAAACGCCUGUCGCCGCGCCGAUGCCGCUGACCUCGAAGGCCGGCAGCUCGCCUUACCAGCAAGUGCCUCAUCAUCACGGGGCUCCGCCGCCGCCGUUGCCGCCGCCUGCGCACAGCCGGUCCGUCUACGACAGACACGGCUUCCCCGGCUCGUUGCCGGGCGCGAAACUGCCGCCGCCGACGUUGCACGGCUCGCCGCCCACGGCUGCCUCGACGCCGCUCUCCAGGCCGAUCGCUCAUCCCGCUCAUCCCGCUCACCCCGUGCAUCUCAAUACCAGCCCGCACCAGCAAGUGCCCGGCCAAACGUUGCAGCACGCGCAGCCCCAGAUCACCACGGCCCCACAGACGCAGCCGCUCGAUCUCGGUGUCGAGAGGUCGGGCUCGCCCAAGAGGAAAGCACCGACGCCGUUGUUGUGCGACAAUGCCAGUGGCCAGCCGGUGUCGUUGGAAGUCUGUAAAAAGCGAAGAACCGAAGAGCCGCAACCAUUGUCUCUGCAAUCGGUCGGCCCACCCGUUCUCUCCAGGGUAAGCGAGCCCAGUCCGCUCAUCGCCUCGGCCGCCACGUCCAUCACCACGGUAGUCAAUACCGCGGCGUUGCUGGCGCAGCCCAAUAGUCAGGCGACGACGCAGGAGCAGCGCACGGUGACGGCGGCGGUGAGCCCGGCUCCGGGAGCCGCCAGCGGAGACGCGACCUCCAUGCGACCUUCUAGCACCGGUAGCAGCGUAUGUUCGUUGAAUCCGACGCCGGUGAGCGCGACACCGAGUCCAGCACCAAUUCCCAGCCCGGCGCCGUCCACGGCGCCCAGUCCGGCGCCCAGUGCUCCCAGCACGCCCGCCAAGACCAAUUCCAGCAACGCGGAUAGCGAGAAGUGCAACAGUCCGGCACCGAGACCGCCCAGCAGCACUAGCUAUCCCGUGCACAAACUGAAGAAGGCGUGGCUGCAGAGACACUCGAGGUGCGAGGAUGGCACCGAGAACACCACCAGCAUGGCCAGCAGCGUCACGUUACCUCUUACCAUCACCCGCGAGACAUCGUCGUCGAAUAGCAAGGACCGCGAUAACAGCAACGCCUCGUCGAAUACGAAUAACAGCAACGUCUCGACCACCUGUUUGCCCAGCGCGGUCAAUUCGAUUCACAAUAUCGGUAGCAUGGCUGUGAACAGUAUCAACAAGAGCAAAGUUACCGGCAAGAGCGGCCGAAAACCGGCGAAUAAAGAGUCGCUGAACGGUCACGCUACCGAUACCAGCAAGACCCCGCAGGAGGACUCGUCUAGCAGCGACCCGGAGAGAAAGUCGCCGCCUAAACGGAAACCACCCAAGGUAAAACGAAAGAAGGGCGCCGCACGGAGGCAACAAACGGCCGCGGAAGAUCAGCGGAGGCGGAAGGAGGACAAGCAGGGCGGCGGCGCUGGCGCGGGCAGCGAGUCUAGCAACGAGAGCGAGGCUGGCUCUGCCAGCGACACCAGUGAACAGUUGAGCUCUAUUCAGCCUGCGUCCAGGGUUCGGCACACCACGGCCAAUUCCAACAAUUCCUCGGGAAACGGAGGUAACAAGGAACCUAGGAAACGUGGUAGGAGACCAAAGACUACGAAGAACAACGAAGUGGGAGGCGAGGACCAGCAACCCCGUCAAAAAAAGGAACGUAGAGACGACAGCACAAGCGGCGGUAACAGCGGCCCGGGCGGAAGCGGCGGACGGGGUGAUCCCUUUCGUAAGCCGCCGAUAUCGCAACUGAAGAAAACCGGCGAAAGCUGGCUGCAGGAUGGCGCCUGUUUCGAGGUGGCUCCGAAAUUGGCCAAGUGCCGCGAGUGCCGAUGGACGCCGCACCAGCGCUCUAAGAACCUUCCUCAGAAUAUCUUCUGCAGAUUCUACGCGUUCCGCAGACUGCGUUAUACCAAAAACGGACAAUUGGCCAUAGCGGGAUUCAGUGACCCACACAAGGACGCAUCCGAGGAUGAUCUUCGAUUAUGGUUACCAGGAAAAGAUAAUCAAGAGACAACAGGAAAGGAUGACAAGUCCGAGAAAAAUGAGAAGGACAAAGGAGACCUAGACUUAGAAACGGCUCAUCGGCUGCUUCGGCAGGUUGGCGAUCAAUUCUGUGAUCUUUUACACCAAGAAAAGGACGCCCUCCAAGAACAUAUGGCUGAAGCGAGUUCGGGGGUUAUAGACGGAACAGUAGCGUGGAAACGAGUGAUCCAGGGUGUUCGAGAAAUGUGCGACGUGUGCGAGACUACCUUGUUUAAUUAUCAUUGGGCUUGUGGCAAAUGCGGCUUCGUCGUAUGCAUCGAUUGUUAUAAGGGACGUAAAAAUGGAACGGUCAAAAUCUGGGGUGAAAGUGGAAAGGACAGAGACGACUUUUCGUGGCUUCUAUGCACGAAUAGGCAAGUACACGAACCAGAACGACUCAUGCUCACGCAGAUCAUCGCCGGCGACAGUCUUUUGCGACUGGGCCAGCGUCUACACGAAUGUCGUGCGGAAUGGGCAAUCCCGCAACAUUGCGCUUGUUCUCUCGUAGCCACGUUACAACCGAAUGAGAUUCUUCGAAAUCUGAUCAAAGGCGAUUCCGUACCCAUUCUCAACGGAAACGUAAAACAGGAAAUAAAAGAGGAGAAGAAGGUAAAUGAAUCUAACGGCUCAUCGGAGAGCAAAGCCAACGGCGAGGACAAAAACUCGCCGCUGAACUGGCUAGCGGAUGUGGCGCUGCAGAAUCAGGACAAGAACGAGAGCGGUUCAAGCUCCGACUCGGACGACGAUCGCGAGGGUAAUUACUCGACGUUGCGGGAAUUGCUGAUAAGGCCGUCGCAUAAAUCAAACGGUAGUGGUGGAUCUAGAUCGAAUUCGCCUACAAACAAUUCAGGCGGUGGUGUGAACAACACUACACAGAACAACGUUGCUAAAUCCGGUAAAAAAUCGAAGAUGGAUACGCUCGACGAGGUCAUAUCCAGCGUGAUUGAGCAUAGUGUGAAAAAGGAAAAGGACAGCGGCCUGGAUGACGAAAAGCCACGAGAAUUGAAACAUUUCGUGCGACGCUACAAGUGGACGCAGCGUGGUCGUGAGCCGUUACCUAUCAGAAUUAUGACGGGAACAGAGAGUCAGAGUCUUUAUCCGGACGUGCCGCACUCUUGGCUCUGUGACGGCAAGCUGUUGAGAUUAAGCGAUCCAAAUAAUCCAAACAAUUACAGAAUAUUCCAAGAUCAGUGGAAACGGGGACAGCCGGUGAUCGUGUCGGACGUCUCCAAGGCGUUGGACAUGAAUCUCUGGCAUCCCGACUCGUUCGCUCGCGAUUUCGGCGACGAGAAGAACGAUCUCGUUAACUGCAUGACCGGUAAUCUGGUACCGAAUCAGCCGAUGCGCAAGUUCUGGGAAGGAUUUGAGUAUUAUUCUAAACGGCUCAAGGACGAGCGAGGAAAUCCCAUGUUGCUGAAACUGAAGGACUGGCCGCCCGGUGAAGACUUCGCCGAGCUGCUACCAUCGAGAUUUGCGGAUCUGAUGAAAGUUCUUCCAUUGUCUGAAUACACACACAGAAACGGCAGACUGAAUCUGGCAAGUCGUCUGCCUAAUUGCUUCGUGAGACCGGAUUUGGGCCCGAAGAUGUAUAACGCUUACGGUUCCGCUCUUCAUUCCAACAAAGGCACGACUAAUCUUCAUCUUGAUAUCUCUGACGCCGUGAACGUUAUGGUAUACGUAGGAAUGCCAAAGGAUGUUAAUAACGAGGAAAGUCUCAAAGCUAAGACAGAGGCGCUGAGAGCGAUUGACGAAGCAGGCUGUGAUAUUUUGACGCGUCGGCGCGCUCGUGACGAGAAGGAGAAACCUGGUGCCUUGUGGCACAUUUAUGCAGCACGUGACGCAGACAAAAUUCGAGAUCUUCUGAAUGCCGUUGCCUUAGAACGCGGGGCUCGUUUGGAACCUCAUCAUGAUCCCAUACACGACCAGAGUUGUUACUUGGACGGACCAUUGCGGGAACGAUUGUAUCGAGAAUAUGGUGUCGAAGGAUACGCCAUCGUCCAGUGUUUAGGCGAUGCAGUAUUUGUGCCAGCUGGCGCGCCGCAUCAGGUCCGCAAUCUCCAAAAUUGUAUAAAGGUGGCCGAGGACUUCGUGUCGCCAGAGAAUGUUUCGCAUUGCUUCCAUUUGACCCAAGAAUUCCGCGCACUAUCCGACACCCAUACCAAUCAUGAGGACAAACUCCAGAUUAAGAACAUUAUUUACCACGCUGUAAAAGACUCUUUGACCGUUCUGGCCAACGUUAAGGAGGAUACUCUCGCCAAGCUCGCCAAGUCUAACAAUGAUACAAAAGUGAAGGAGGAGACUUAGCCCUAGGUUCUCUUUGUGCGGUCAUAAGACCGAUUGUAAUCGCCUUGACUGGAUCUCGUUUGUAUGAGAUCAACUAGUAGUCAGCGCUCCCGGAUACAACGAGGCUGACGUGACCCGGAAGAAUCUGCAGAAGACCGCCCUUGCCGCAAAAAGACCGUAGCAAAGGUGCGAGAAUUUGUUGUGAUAUUUGUGAAGAAUUAAAUGAUUUUAAUCGUGGAGAAUUUGAUUUGCUGAUAUUGGCUGAGCCAAUGAACAUUAGUUAUACGUUAUUUCAAUCGAAUUGCUUUGUAUACAAUUCUUUUCUGCUCUCCCGUUUUUCCCUGAGAAGGUGCCCGCGGACAUGAAGUCCGAUGAGCUCUAUUACGAGUGAAAAGAAAAUCGUAGCUCGGAUCGCGCAUAGAUAAAACGCCGCGUCCAUUACUAUUGUGAUACCAGAAGGACUUUGGAUCGUAUACAUUAUUUGUAAUUAAUUAUAUCGUGCCUGUAUCCAAUACAUCCACUCAUUCACACGUACACUUACACACAUGUACACAUUUGUCUAUAUUAUAUAAAUGUAGAUAAUUGAAAUAUUAUGUAAUAAUUUUUGCUAGCAACUACCAGAGAGAGAGAGAGAGGGAGAGAAAAGGGGGUUCAUCUAGAAGUACCUUUGUGCAAUUAGGUGUGACUAUAAAUUAUUAUAGCGAUGGAUCAGCGAUAACUGCGGAUCCAUUUAAUCGUCUGCUCUGAUGAUCUGGUGCUUUUUUGGUAUUUGAUCAAAACCCCGGCUAGAGAUAGCCGAUACGUAUAUUCGCGUUCAUGUCUUCUAUGUUUCACGCGACAAGGGCGUAAAGAAUAAAAAACACUGCCUAAAUAAUCGGUUCGACGACAAUGGAAGAAACUUUCUCGCAUUUCUUUUUUUGUUUAAACAAACAUUUCAUAUUGUUCGUAGAUCGAGAUAUUCUUGUAUGUAUCUCGAUGCAUUGUGUUUUUAUGGCGACGUAUGUAUCGGUUAUGUGAGCGGCGGGGUGCUACAAGUUUUGUAUGUCACUUCGAGUGUUAAGGCAUCAGAACAAAAAAGUAAAAAGAAAAAAAAACAACUCUUGUCCGAUAUUAACUUUUCGAGAUGUAACGGUGGGUGUGAAACGCCGUUGAAUUGAACGUUUCAUUGUUGUCGUAACCCAGUAAUUACCCGGCGUGUAACGGACGGGAAAUAACUAAUAAGAUGAAUAUAUGUUAUUUUUGUCAAAGCGUAUACAAACCGUCUAUGUCGGACGAUAAAAACGAAAAGACAGCGAUAUUGUGAACGAGAUGCUGAGACGCUCUAAAUGAAUAAUAAAAUCAUUUGCAGUAACAUUUAAAGAAAAAAGGAUGACGACUUUCGAAGUGCCAAUGUUGAAUUAUGUGGGACAUUAAGUAUUGUAUUGCGCGUUGUAUUCGUGUAUGCGUAAGAAAGAGAAAGAAAGGAAAGAGAACUAAUUAGUCACGCAGAAUUCGCAGAGAUGACAGGGCCGAGUUCCUAUCAUUUCGUGACAGUUCGUGCGAACGACGAGGUUUCCCGCUAUUCGCACUGUCACUAACGAUUCGAAAACUGCUGGUCGUUUCCGUUUCUUUUUUUUCUUUGCGCUGAAAUUUGUUUGCUGGACGUUGCAUAAGCGAGUGAAUAUGUAGAUGAGAACUUUCCGAUAUCUCUAUGUUUAUUUGUAACGUGCGACAUUGCAAGACGCAGCAGCUCUCGAAUCGAACGUAACGUCAUUACGCGCCAUUGUCGUGCCGGCCGAUUGUCGGUUAAUUACCGACGAAUAAUCCUUAACACAGACAUGUAAAGAAAAAGGAAAGAAUGAACGUAAGAGAAAAAGAAUAAAAAAAAAUCAUUGACAUCCUGGAAUCCGCAAUUUCUUUGAUCUCAACAUUCGUCUAGCAUACAACGACUUGAUUAAUAUUUAACGAGUAAAUUUUUAAAAUAUCUUAGUGUUGAUAGGUAACGAUUGUGGGAAUAUAUUAAGCUACAAACAAGCAAAAGUACUAACUCCACCAACGGCGGUGUUGUAUAAAGUUCUAGGAAGACGUAUUUCUGUGUAUUAUUGCUGCAAAACGAGACGCUAUUGUUUGUCCUCUUGCUACGUGUAUGUACAUACAUUUAUAUACAUCCGUAUAUGUAUACAGAUAUAAAUACGAAGGCGAGAAGAGUGUCUAGGACUCGUAACGAUAGGGAGGUACGCAAACCUUUACGAAACACGAGGAGGUACACCUUACACGCGUAGGUAGAUAGUUUAUUAUACCAUUAUUAUAAUUAUUAUAUAUUAUCAUUAUUACGUUUAAUUAUUACGGAAAAUACGAUAUUUAAAUGUUGCUGAAUAUGAGACCGACAAACAUGAACGCGCGUGAGUGUAAAUGGUUACAAGGGGAGGGGGGAAAAGCAAGAAAGAAUAUGGGAAGAGUAACGAGUAGACAAACGAGGAAGUGAGCGAUAGAAAGAGUAUGCGUGGACGAAAGAGAGAUAGAGAGAGUGAGUAAAGGUUGGUGAUUGAUUGUAUGUGCGUGUGCUUGAUGGCGAUCCAGUGAAAAUGCGACAGAAUGAGAGAACGAGGGGCCGUGUAUUGGGGGCGGAGUGGAAUGUGGACGGUAUCUAAAACAAUGUACAGACCUACGACCUUCCGCAAGAUGUGUGUAUAUCCACCCCCCGAGGGAAAGAAAAAAAAGUCCCCCGCUACCUACCCCUUUCCUCCCCCUCUGCGUCCCCUCCUGCAACCACCGGCCGCCCCCAGUCAUAGCAGUUAUGAACCGCGGGCCGGCAGGUCUGAGUAUAAUUUUUUGUACUGUGUAAAUGUAAGAACCAUACGUUUGAAUAAGAAAAAAAAAAUGUUUAUAUUACGAAA